AUGAAGUGGCUGUCUGUGGCUGUGCUGCUCACGGGCUCGAUCGCUUGCCUGCCAAAUGUGUCUCUGGGUUUGGAUCGAGUCAGAAAAAAUGUUUCGGGCCUACGACCCAAACGAAUGACAGGGGGAUCUCUGACCGCACCCGUCCCCUGGCAUGCCAUGGUGUACCUAAGUGAAAAUAUACUGGACGGAGGUUUCGCUGAAGGAGCCCUGAUAGCCGAGCGCUGGAUCUUGACUGCUGGCAGGAAUCUAUUUGUAAAAAAAAGUCGAAAUGACACAAGAGGAAAAGAGCCGCUCAUCCCAAAAGUCUAUCUGGGAAUCAGCAAGCGCUCUGAUGCACAGGCCUCUGCAGAAGUCGCAGUAGAGAAGGUGUUUUUACAUCCAGGCUUUCAGAACACAUCCGACUGGGACAAUGACCUUGCUCUGAUCAAACUUAAGGAGCCGGCGAAUUUCAGCGAGUCUAUAAUGCCCAUCCCACUGCCUGAGACUGGAGAUAACCAGGAAGAGAAAAAAGGAGAGAGUGGCAUCAUCGCUGGAUGGGGCUGGGGGAGUCUUUUUACCACUGCUCCCAUACUGAAGUUUCUGGCUCUACCCAUCGUGCCGUGCCAGGGAAAAUACCAGGCAAAAGUUCUUGCAAGUACACCGACUGUGACUGACAAACAGUUCUGCACCGGACCCAGUAAUUAUCAAGAAAACGUGUGUUUCGGGGACGCAGGGGGUGCUCUCGCAUUCCUCAACCCCAACACCAAUGCAGUUUACGCUGCAGGAGUCCUUUCUUUUGACAAGGCCUGUUCUGUAGAAGAUCACGCUGUAUACAUAAAGAUCUCUGCUUACCUGCCCUGGAUUCACAGUGUCAUGAGAGGAGAUUCGCAUGAAUUUGCAGCACGCCGCGCUUCAUUCAUCAAUCGCAUGUUUUCCCGACAUUUUGCCCUUAGUUGA